AUGGAGAACGUCUACGACGAGCCUGCCCUCCUCGCCGUCGCCGGCGAGCCCCGCGAGCUGGGCUUCGUCGUCCUCCCUCGGCUCCGAGGCCGCCGCUUCAACGCAGCGGUCGCCGUCGCGGCAUGGGGCGUCGCGGGGCUCCUCUCCACCACUGUCCCCGGCCUCGCCGCGAACCGCGACCACGUGAUGCUCUGUUUCAUCUUCCUCAUGGCUGGGGUCCUGCUUCUGUUCCUCACCAUCGCCACCGCCGACCUGCCCGUGGUGGAGAGGGCGGCUGCUCGACUUGAGGUCAUAGUUAUGGCCAUGCUUAAUUCGACCUAA